CCACGAUUCUACUAUCGUCGUUGAUUUUUUUUCCCCAUGUUCUUACUCGUGAAGUUGGAGCAAUUGGAAUUUCAAUUGUCAUCGCCGUCUAAUCGAAUAUUAACCUGAUCAUUGAAAUUUGGUAAAAAAAAUCAUCUGAAAAGAUGUACGGGCUCGGGAAAAUGAAUCGGUUGGGUCGAAUCAUCGAGAAAACUCAUAAAAAUAUUCUCGCUUCAUAUUUGAAAAAUUUUCCAAGCCUUUUUCACCUGUGUUACGAUCCGAUUGGGACCCACAAAAAAGCUCGCGCCGUCGUUGGAUUUUUUCUCGGUCUUUUCCUCGGAAUCGUAUUCUACGUGGGAAUAAUUCUCGAUCUCGAAUUCGAUCGUUACACGAGUUUAGCACUUGGCGCGAUCGUCAUAGUCUUGCUAUCGAUCGGCUGUGCAUCUUCGAUUCAGGUGAGAUGCGUGUGCCUGUUGAUGAUUCCGGCGUUUUUCGGGCGUGCAGGACGGAGCGUCCUGAAGGCAUUGGUCCUUGGGUACGUUAUCGCUGGCCCGAUAUUUAAUCUUUCGUACAACGGCAAAGAAGUCGUGAGAACAUUCGCAUGUACCUCUCAGCUGACGUACAAUCUUACCAAGACUCGUUUCGACCUCAUGUUCAAGCCGUUUCAACAGGCGUUGUUCGGCAUGAAAGCAGACAUCAACGAGGUCAAGGACACUCUCACAUCCGUCAGAGAGCUUAUGAGCCCCAUUGUUGAAGAACUCGAAGGUGAAGAGGAAAUGAAACGACUCAAAGAGGAAAAUGAUUACAUGGAUGAGCUGCUGGACGACACUAAACGAAGCGACGAGAUCAGAGCGAAGGAGAAACAGGCCGAAGAGAGUGCCACUGCCGAAAGUCAAAUUUAUGAGGCUAAAUAUCGUGCCAAAGUCGAAACUAGGUGCGAGGAACAACUGAGCAGAGGCUCGGAAAAGUGCAGAACCAUGUUUGCCGGUGCCCAUGAAAAGUGUGCGAACGCGGUGACAUUUUUCGUGUCUUGGCUUUUGUGCUGGCCUAUGAAACUGACUUUUGUGUGCAACAUAGUUCAAGCGUUGGGAGGUUCGAGGAUCUGCGAUCCUCAGGGAAAUAUUGACUCCGGACUCGGGGAAGGAUAUGCGAGUUUGAAAAAAUCGCGAGAGACUCUGAGCAAAAGCCUGAAAGACGCAAAAUUACAGUACAAGGUUAAACUUGCACCGUCGAUUUUGGAUGUUUAUGGUCCGAGUGACACCGCGAAAGCGGUUCUCCACGAUUUUAACAUAAGAAAAGAAUUUUUCGACACGGUUAUGACUCUCCUGAAGCGUUGCCUCGCUUUCGUAUUCGUCAAAAUAAUCUUCAGCGCCCAGAACUAUCACGAUUCUUAUUUAACCGAUAUCGACUACGACAACUGUUACGUGACCACUUACUUUCGGAAAAUUGAUGCGAGAAGAAAAGCCCGCGGCAGCGCGACUUUGCUGCCCCUGAAAAAAGUUGAAAUGGCCAAAUUCAUCGACCCUUAUCGUCUCCGCGCCGGAAAACUCGAGAGACCCAAUCUUAUCGGACAAACCGUAAAACUCAUUCUCGAAAUGGUCACCGCUACUACUUUCGUCCUGCUCGACAGAUUGUUCUUCGAGACUCUUGAUUUGGUUAGAAAACACGCCCACAUGGAGUACUCUCAGGCUGGCCAUCACGAUGUCAAGCUGGAGAUUCGUGGCACGGGGAUGAUAGCAUCGCUGAUAAGGAGUGUGAUCAAAGGUUUCAACGUGAAAAAGCGUGUGAAAAUGGUGAUUUCGAACGAAGCGUGUUUGCCACGGCCAACGGAGCUUCCGAAUUACGUUCUCGCCAAGAUUUACGUGACGUAUAUGGGAGUUUGGGGGAUGUUAUUUCUCGCCUGUUACACCCAACGUUUGCGACGCUGCAUCUGCUCGUUUUUUUAUAGAAAACGUGAGAAGCGAAGAAUUUUGUAUCUGUACAACGAAACGUUGCGUCGAAGAAUCGGUUUCUUCAGGUUCAUGAAAGGUAAAGUGCGAGCCCUCGUUCGAGCGCGUCUCCUCGAACGUAAUUUGGAUCCUUGGCUCGCUCUUCGACUCAGAUCUCCGCAGUUUUGCGGUUGGUUGAAAUUCUUCGCUUGUGCAAGAGGACAGUGUUUAAUUUGCGGUGAACCCGAGUCCAUAAGAGGGGCCAAGUUUCGCGAGUGCACCACUCCGGGUUGCACUUUCAUCCAUUGUCCCGAAUGUUGGCGUGACAUUGGCGGAAUUUGCCUCGCUUGUGCACAACUCCCAGACAGUGAUUCCGAAGAUUAUGACACUGACGUUCCCGAGCUCUGACUCUGCUCACCGCAACGUCAUGUCAGCGUGCAAUAAUCAUUUUGUCCAGCGAUCUUUCAAUUUCAGUGACUAUCGAAUCUUCUUUCACUAUGUUUUAUAACAAUAAUUGCAAAUAAAAUAAUCGAUAUUAACGUAAAA